CGAUGACAAUCAUUUAGUUGAGCGUUUUUGCCUUUCUCCUAUCGUUCUUCUACUGCAUGUCAAUCUCGAAUCAACAAUCUGUCACAAGUUGCUCAAGCUCACCGUGAUAUCAGAACACUCCUUACUUGACCAACAUGAGCAAUGUACGACCCCUCCGUGGCUCAUGCAACUGCGGUCGCAAUCACUACGCCGUUAUUGUGCCUGUAGACUCUACCGAACGGGCAGAAGUCUUUUUUGAUGACAGUAGUGAGAGUAGACGAAGUCAAGGCACACCGUUGACAGCAUGGCUGAGAGUGCCAUUGACCUGGUACUCUUCCUCAACCCAAGCAUUCUUCCCCGACGAAACCCACACGUCUAUCCGACGAAUCUUUUCUCCUUUACAUAGCCCACACACUCAACGUGUAUUCUGCGGAUAUUGUGGCACCCACUUGUCCUUCUGGACCGAGAACCCCUCAUCCGAAGCCGAAUUUAUGAACAUCACCCUAGGUAGCUUAUUGGGCGAGGACAUACAAGCAUUACAAGAGCUGGAUCUGCUUCCUGGGGACCUGGAGCCGCAAGAUGUCCAGGGACAGUCGUCGACAGCUGUUCAAGCACCUUCGAGUCAAGAGCAAAGUCAAGGUUUGACCCGGACGGAACGCAGCGGACGAUCGGGAGGCUUGUCCUGGUUUGAGGAAAUGCUGGAUGGCAGCAGACUAGGUCGUACUCACAACUUCCGAAAAGGAGUCGGUGUGAGUCCGGAUGGCAAUACUAGAGUCGAAUGGGAGAUUUCAGAAUUCUUUGACGACGGCAGUGCAACACCACAGACACCAACCGGCUCCAAGCGAAAACUCGGAGAUGUUUCAAGUGAUGAUGUGAUGCAGGGUUGAUGAGCCUGAAAGCUUGCCAGAGAAAUAGACAUAUAAAAGCGUCUCGACAUGGUUCCGAAGCUUGGCAGGCAUGGUGUUGUGCAGACAAAAGGCAGCAACGGAAGCGUAUAUUGCUGUACAGUGCGAUGCUAAAACUUCCAACACUAAUGAAACAUUUAUAUACACCUCAAGUCUAUCAUGAUGAAUCUCUUUGGCUUUGA